GGAGGUGAGGAUCGAGUCCUCGAAGAUCCUCUGCGAGCAAGUCGGGGACCCGAACAGAACCGAGCGCCGAGCUGUUCCAGCUGCAGACUGAGGGGGGCGUGGUGCGCAGGUAAACACUGAACGCGUAGACGACACGGGGGACGCCGCGUUUUUAUUUACUCCUCUUCCUCCGGGGGGGAAGAGGAGGAAGAGAGUACAGCUCGUGAUGGGACACGAGCCGCGAGGAUGAGCCACAGAACCAGAACCAGCCCGAUCCGAGCCUACGACUUCCUGCUGAAGUUCCUACUGGUGGGAGACAGCGACGUGGGGAAGGGGGAGAUCCUGGAGAGCCUGCAGGACGGAGCGUCCGAGUCCCCGUACGGGUACAACCUGGGAAUCGACUACAAGACGACGACCAUCCUCCUGGACGGGAGGCGAGUCAAGCUGCAGCUCUGGGAUACAUCCGGACAGGGUCGGUUCUGCACCAUAUUCAGGUCCUACUCCAGAGGAGCGCAGGGAGUAAUCUUGGUGUACGACAUCACCAACCGCUGGUCCUUCGAUGGGAUCGACAGGUGGAUCAAAGAGAUCGACGAGGUCGGAAGGCGCGCGGUUUGGUGCGAAUUCAUGAUUCCGGUUAAAAAUCCCACACAUGUUCCAAGUGCUCCCUCUUUUUAUACCCAGCAUGCACCGGGAGUGCCCAAGAUCCUGGUCGGGAACCGCCUCCACCUCGCCUACAAGCGUCAGGUGACUACGGAGCAGGCGCAGGUGUACGCCGAGAAGCUGGGCGUCACUUUCUUUGAGGUGAGCCCGCUCUGCAACUUCAACAUCACCGAGUCGUUCACGGAGCUCGCCCGCAUCGUCCUCAUGAGGCACGGCAUGGAGCGCCUGUGGAGGCCCAACAAAGUGCUGAGUCUUCAGGACCUCUGCUGCCGCUCCAUUGUCUCCUGCACACCUGUUCACCUCGUGGACAAGCUGCCCCUACCCCACACCCUCAAGUCCCACCUCAAGUCCUUUUCCAUGGCCAACGGUCUCAACGCUCGCAUGAUGCAUGGACGCUCCUACUCCGUCACCGCCGCCGCCGCCGCCGCUCACCACAGCGCUGCCAAGAGGAGUGGAGGGACGCUUCUUAAAAAGCCAAAACUCAUCCGACCACCGCCGCUCAGCCCGACAUCGCAGGGCUGCAGAAACAGCUGCAAAAUAUCCUAACAGCAGCGAACGCACCAACGGCUGUGGAUGGGACGUGGCUGAGUAUGAAGCAUGUGUGAAGAGAAGAAACGGGAGACAAAAACUUUUAUGUUUGGAGACGAGGAAGCAUGGAGUUGAACCUCUGACCAGAGAUGUUGGUGGCAAAUUACUGGACAGCUUCUUCUUCUGUUCAUCCAUCAUGAUGAGUUCAAAGAUAACGUCAGGAAAUCUGUUCGAGUCUGUAAUGUAAUCUAGUGUGGCAUUAGUAGACUAUUUAGUAUGGGACACUCAGUUCAGACAUCAUUUAAAUAUAAAAUAUAAAAAUCACAAUUUUUUUAAGGUGAAAUAUUCUCAAAACGCCAUCAAGUUCAAAAUUAUCUAAUUAUGAACACAAUGUAUUUAUUUUGUUUCCAACACAAAAUCAAAAAAAUGUCUUAUUUUCUUUGUGAGUUUGCAUUUUCUUUUAGAAUCUCUUUGUGAUUCUUAGUAAUUUAAAGCUUUCUUGCGACAUCCCCUAAACUCUUUUAACUUUAAUAAGAAAAGGUAACCUUAAUCAUAUAAAAACCUAUGUUUGUCAAAAAGGAAAUCAUAUAAACUUCAAUUUUAUUCUGUAUAAGUUGCAUCCCACUUAUUCUGUUAUUUCUGCCUUUUUACCCAUUUCCUCUGUAAUGAUGCCUACUGUUAAAAUGAGAUGUGUACCUCUCCACUGUAGUCACCAAAAUUAGAGAUAACCAGACAUAUACAUAUAUUUUCUCUCAUGUUAGUGCUUUGCUUACUUUGAGGAGUCGGGUCAGAGCUAAAUAAAUAAUUCUGGUUUCUGUAACGUACUGUGGACGCAGAACUUUAUUCCACUUGAUGAUCAUCCAGAAGUUUAACUCUAAAGCUUUAAGUGACGUAAAGUUGUCAUUUCUGUUUGUGCGCAGAAAUAUUUUCGCUUGUUCAAACGUUACAUUGGCAGUUAAAGCGCAGCGUUUGUUCCACAGUGACACAUGCUGUUUGGGAUGAAGACUGCAGCGUGUAAAGUACUGAUGUAAACAGUUAAAGUGAGGUGUUGUUUUGGGCUAAAUAUGUGUUGAGUGUAAAACUAAUCUCUCUCCAGGUUUUUUUUUACUCAGAAUUAAUUCAGAUUUUUAAACAAUUUUCUAAUUGUACAUUAACAGGAACAUUGGUCUAAAAAAAUCGGACCAAUUUUUAAAUUAUUUCAAAAGUUAUUUAAAUGUGAAUCAUUUCUCACUUGUUUUACUUUAUAAGUUUAAAACACGACAACGCUAUUUUGUUUACAUUUUAAAAAUCCUGCGACAUUCAAAUAGGUUUAAUUGGAUUGUAGAAUGUGUAGAUUUUAACUCUUAAAAAAGUGUAUCUUUGAGUGAAAACUCCUUUCUUAUUCAGUAUUAAUCUCUCUGUGUUACUGACUUUGUCACUUGAUUUAUGAAUGUUUGGCAAAUGUCACAUCUAUUUAAACAAUAGCAACGUUUAGAGAUGUGUAAAAUUUUGUCAUUAGUUGAUUUCUACCAGAAUUCUCACCUUCUCAGACUGAAAGUUGACGACUAUUAUCCUUCUCGGAGGCAGAAAAUUAUACAAGCUAUGGGGCAUCUUCUUCCUCAGGAGGUUUUCUACAACACUAACAUGUAUCAAACAGCACUUUGACGCUGACUUUUUGCACUUCUCUCCUCUCGCACCGUUACUCUACCAGCAGCCAUUUUGUGUACAAUAUUUGUACGUGUUGUAAAUAUUCUUGUUUGAUAUGAUGAAGAACUUAUGUUUUAUUGUUUUUCAGUGAGAUGUUUUUCCGCAGAAAUGACUGAAGGUUCUGUUUAUCCUUGAUUCACAAUAAACUUCGUUACCUU